AUGGACCUCGAGAUUAAAAAUCUCGUAGUGGCAUAUCCUGCCCACCUUGCGAUCAUCAAAAAUAAUCAGCAAGUCCUGCAGGUCUUACUUAGCCAUAACGCUGACAUUAAUCUCCAAGGAGAGAAUUAUGGAGUUCUACUCAAAGAAGCAAGUGUGAACGGGAAACCUCAUCUCAUGAAGCUCCUCGCAUCUCAUAGAGCAGACGUCAAUGCCAUAGGGCAAGGUAUUCCGGUGCUACACGAAGCAAUACUCAAUAGGCAACCGGAGGCAGUGUCCGUUCUGCUUGAUCUUGGUGCUUACAUAAAUAUCCUCGAUUAUGCUCAGGGUACGCCACUACAGCUUUCGAAGGCUAUGCAUUAUGGAGGCGUGGAGCGUUGGGAGUUUGCAAUUUUAAAUCAGUGGGACCAUCGUACUUUCAUCAUCAAGUUCGUCGCCAUGCGUCAACAAAUUCAUUGGUCCUUUCCAGGUAUAAAAUUGCAAUGUCUGACCUUCAGGCUGUCUCUCACCGUUGAAAUGUCAAUCUUCAAACUUGGGUUACAUACAAUUUCGAUCACUACGGUACGGUGUCUUCUGGCCUUUUCCAUGAAGAAGAACUGA